GUGAUGUUGCAGCUGUGGUACGUAGACAUUUCAUCGAAAGGAAAUGCAGGUUGAGUGUUUACCGUCCGGGUUGAAAUUGGGAAGUGACUUUCUCUCAUGGUUUUAAUUCUUUCUAGGCAGUGAUUUCAUCAAAAUGACGAAUCAUGAACUUUGUGAGAGUCUUCUCACCUGGGUACAAACUUUUAAUUUGGACAACAGUCCAGAAACUGUAGCCGAGCUCACAGAUGGCGUUGCCCUGAGUCAAAUUCUCUGCCAAAUAGCACCAACAUUUUUUAACACGGGUUGGUAUAGCCGCAUAAGGAGGGAAGUCGGUGACAGCUGGCGUAUACGUGUCAGCAACUUGAAGAAGGUCCUGGAAGGGAUUCUGGAUUUCUACAACGAUGUUCUUGGACAACAAAUUCGGGAUUUCAAGCUCCCCGAUGUCUCCAAGAUUGCAGAGAGACAUGACCUUGAGGAGUUGGGUCGUUUACUGCAACUGGUGCUAGGCUGUGCUGUAAAUUGCGAACACAAAGAGGAGUACAUCAACGUCAUCAUGGGCAUGGAAGAAUCGGUUCAACACGCGGUCAUGAACGCGAUCCAAGAGCUCAUGUCCAAGGAGAUGCCUAGCAACGAGCCACCGCCGGAGGCGUACGCGGAGAUUGAGCGACAGCUCAAGAGGACAAUGGAGGACCUGCAGCACUCCCUAAUGGACAAAGAAGAAGUCAUGCAACGCUGCCAUGAGCUAGACAUCCAGGUUGCAACUUUAACCGAAGAACGAAACACGCUGCACGCAGAGAAUGAGCAGUUACAUGAGAGACUGGAUCUAGGAGACAGCGUCGACGACCCAAGUACUCCAGCAGGAAGGAGGCACCAGCACCUGCAGCAAACGGUGGAAGAGUACCAGGAGGAGAACUUCCGUCUGGAAAACAUCCGAGACGAUUUGCAAAUCAGAAUCGACAUGCUGGAGAGGGAAGUCCUCGAAAUAUCACAAAAAAAUGAAAAACUCACGAGUCUCGCUGAAGAGGCCAGGGCUCUCAAGGACGAAAUGGACGUCCUGCGACACACGUCAGACAAAGUGUCCAAAUACGAAUCCACCAUCGAGACGUAUAAGAAGAAACUAGAAGAUCUGAGUGACCUGAAGAGACAGGUCAAGCUCCUGGAGGACAAGAAUACAAUGUAUAUGCAGAAUUCCAUGGAACUGGAGGAGGAACUAAAGAAAGCCAGCGCGCUGAAGUCACAGCUUGAGAAUUACAAGCGCCAAGUCCACGAGCUGCACGCGAAGGUCUCCGAAGAAACGAGACGGGCGGACAAGGCUGAGUUCGAGGGAAAACGCCAUCUUGAAAGAGUGACGCAGUUCCAGACCGAAGUUGACCGAUUACGGACCGAGCGUGAUUCCCUCAAGGAAACUAACGAAGAGCUAACGUGUAACCAGCUGGCUGGCAACAUCAGCAUGGGCAUGUCCCCAGCGGGGAGUCCGCUAUCAGCUGGCUUUGCAGACAUGAUGCCCUCAGAAAUCAGGGAAAAGAUUAUCCGUCUUCAGCAUGAGAACAAGAUGCUGAAGCUAAAACAGGGCGAGACGACAGACGAGAAGACGCAACUACUGCAGAGCCUCCUGGACGACUCCAACGCAAGAAGGAGUGAAUUAGAAUCAGAAAGCAGGAUUUCCAAUCAGCGGAUCUUGUCUCUGGAAGCAGAGAUGGAAGAGUUGAAGCAACAACAGAGGGAGGAGGGCGUGUCUUCAUCAGUUGUGGGGGAGUCCACUCAGUCAAAAAGCAAAGAGGUAAAUAAACAAAAGAAUCAAGAUCUACGACUGAAACUCAAUGAGCACAAGGAGAAGCUUCGUGAGUCUGAUACCGAGCUACAGCGCAACCGAACGUACAUUGACGAGCUGGAACCCAAGUACAUAUCAAGCUCGGAGAAGGUGUCCAACCUUCAGGACAUGCUGAUGAAGAAGGAAGACGACAUGCGGGCCAUGGAGGACCGCUACAAGAAGUACCUGGAGAAGGCCAAGAGCGUCAUCCGCACCCUGGAUCCCAAGCAGAGCCCGGCGAGCUCCAACGAGCUCCAGCUACUCAAGGCUCAGCUGCAUGAGAAGCAGAAGAUCAUCGAACACCUGGAGCAUGAAAGGGAAAAGUCCAAGGUGAUGCGUGACAGUGAGGAGAAGCUGAUAGUGUCUGCGUGGUACAACAUGGGUAUGCACAUGCAUCGUAAGGCAGCCGAGGACCGGCUAGCCAACUCCAACACCGGCCAGUCAUUCCUUGCCCGCCAGCGCCAAGCCUCCAACCGACGCUCUCAGGCCAUUAUCAGCGGUCACUCCUCCAACGCCACCAGGUGAAAAGGUCGACCGGGGUCACGUGGGCGAAGAGGUCAGCCGGGGUCACGAAGGUGAAAAAGUCAACCAGAAUCACUUAGGUGAAAACGAUAACUGCAAAAGGCCAUCUCAAUUCAUAUCUGGGACGAGUUCCGGGCAAGUUGCGGACAUUGUGUCGGGUUGCAGGAUUCUGAACAACUUCCCCGCAAUCUUCCCGCAAUGACAUCAUCGUAUUGGUGAGUCAAGCAGUUGCUAAAGAAAUUUCCCCGGAACUGUCCGGGACAGAUGCAGAGCUCCGUCCGGAAAAAAGUUAAUAAUUCUAACCACAACUUGUCCCGGUACUGGCCCGGGAUAUGAAUUUAGAAAGACCCUAACUUGGAUGAAAAAGACUGCCAGGUUACUAUGGUAAGAGUGG